AUGAACCAAUAUUUCGACAAAGAAAAAGGUUUUUGUUUGAAUGUACUCGGUGGUGGUAAAGCGCUUUACAUAAAUAACACAUCUUGCGGAACAAAUGUGUUAAAGCCACACUGUUACAAUCCAAGAUAUUAUUACAUCUGUAAGAGGAAUAAAACCAUUCUGGCACAAUGUUCUCAAAACAAGCACUUCGAAGUUCAUUUACAAAAAUGCACUUUGAUAUAUCAUGGAAAAAACAUUCCUAAUAAAACCAAUUCCAACAGUUGUGAAAGAGUAGGUGUAUUUCCAAUUCCUAAUGAUUGUCAUCAAUUCUAUACUUGUACAGCUUAUGGUCAUCGAAUGAAACAAAACUUUUAUAUAUGUCCAAGAAAUAUGGCCUUUGACACAAAGACAGAAAUGUGUAAACCCUCGAAAACUUGCAAAGAAUCAAGAUUAUCUUCCACGUGUUUAUUUAGCAGUGAGAAAGAAGAAAUGACUCUAGAAGAAGCAAAUAUGUUUUUAAGACCAAUGGACCAAAAGGAGAAAUCAUUAACGUGUGAAACGAUAUUUACGAAUGAUGAGGAAACUAUAACUACUGAGAGGAAUUAUAACAAUGAUGAAAUUAAAUCGACAACUACUUCUUAUAACAAGCCGUCUAUAUCUAAAUUUACGGAACCCAGCGAUAGGAAUUUUACAACCACGAUCGAACGUGCUUCGGAAACAUCACAUUCUACAAACACUAUCGCUUCCGAAAUAUAUACAACUGCGAUAUAUUCGCCAGCUAACGAAGAAAUCACGUAUACGACAGAGCAAAAUUUGUCUACAGAAAUAAAAAAGAAUGGAGAAGAGAAUCUAGAAUCAUCAACUUCAAAAGAAUCUUACAAACAAGAACAUAAUGGAAAAACAGAUAACGAUAACGUACAAUCAACUGAUGCAAUGAAAACUUUUUCCACUGAACCAACAAUUUUAAAUGACACAAUUUCUACAGGAACAGGAUCUGAAACACAACCAGACAUAGAAAUAAAAACUCCUCCAAACGAGUUGCCUAAUUUCGAAAAUCAACAUAAAGAACCAGAAAUAAAUUUAAAUGACCCAUCAUCUGAAUUUAUUAAUAUUACACCAAAUAUAGAAAUACCAAAUACUACACCAGUCACAGACGACUUGAAUGAACCAUUAACUAUUGACGAAGAGAUUACCGAUUUGCCAUCAAUAACAAUUAAAAGCAAUCUUGAUGAAGAAGAAUAUACAAAAAUAAAUUCAAAUGAUCCACCUUCAGAAAUUCCUAAUAUUACACAACCAAAUAUAAAAAUACCAAAUAGUACACCAGUCACAGAAGACUUGAAUGAACCAACUACUGAAAAAGAAAUUAUCGAUUUAUCAUCAGCAACAAUUAAUGACAAUACUGAUGUAGAAAAACCAGAAAUAAAUUUAAAUGAUCCAGAAUUUCUUAAUGCUACACAACCAAAUAUAGAAAUACCAAAUAGCACACCAGUCACAGAAGACUUAAAUGAACUAUUAGCUACUGAAAAAGAAAUUAUUGAUUUACCACCAGCAAUUAAUGACAAUCCUGAUGUAGAAAAACCAGAAAUAAAUUUAAAUGAUCCAGAAUUUCUUAAUGCUACACAACCAAAUAUAGAAAUACCAAAUAGCACACCAGUCACAGAAGACUUAAAUGAACUAUUAGCUACUGAAAAAGAAAUUAUUGAUUUACCACCAACAAUUAAUGACAAUCCUGAUGUAGAAAAACCAGAAAUAAAUUUAAAUGAUCCAGAAUUUCUUAAUACUACACAACCAAAUAUAGAAAUAUCAAAUAGCACACCAGUCACAGAAGACUUAAAUGAACUAUUAGCUACUGAAAAAGAAAUUAUUGAUUUACCACCAGCAACAAUUAAUGACAAUCCUGAUGUAGAAAAACCAGAAAUAAAUUUAAAUGAUCCAGAAUUUCUUAAUACUACACAACCAAAUAUAGAAAUACCAAAUAACACACCAGCCACAGAAUACAUGAAUGAACCAUUAGCUACUGAAAAAGAAAUUAUCGAUUUAUUACCAUCAACAACUGAUACAAUAACUAAUAGCAAUCCUGAUGUAGAAGAACAUACGGAAUCAGAAAUAACUUCAAAUGAUCCAUCUUCAGAAAUUCCUAAUAUUACACAACCAAAUAUAGAAAUACCAUAUAGUACAGCAAUCCCAGAAGACUUGAAUGAACCAACUACUGAAAAAGAAAUUAUCGAUUUAUUACCAUCAACAACUGAUACAAUACUUAUAGCAAUAACUUAUAGCAAUCCUGAUAUACAACGGACAGAAUCAGAAAUAACUUCAAAUAAUCCAUCUUCAGAAAUUUCUAAUAUUACACAACCAAAUUUAGACAUACCAUAUAGUACACCAGCCACAGAAGAUUUGAAUGAAUCAACUACUGAAAAAGAAAUUAUCGAUUUAUUACCAUCAACAACUGAUAAAAUAACUAAUAGCAAUCCUGAUGUAGAAGAACAUACGGAAUCAGAAAUAACUUCAAAUAAUCCAUCUUCAGAAAUUCCUAAUAUUACACAACCAAAUAUAGAAAUACCAUAUAGUACAGCAGUCCCAGAAGACUUGAAUGAACCAACUACUGAAAAAGAAAUUAUCGAUUUAUUACCAUCAACAACUGAUACAAUAACUUAUAGCAAUCCUGAUAUACAACGGACAGAAUCAGAAAUAACUUCAAAUAAUCCAUCUUCAGAAAUUCCUAAUAUUACACAACCAAAUUUAGAUAUACCAUAUAGUACACCAGCCACAGAAGAUUUGAAUGAAUCAACUACUGAAAAAGAAAUUAUCGAUUUAUUACCAUCAACAACUGAUAAAAUAACUAAUAGCAAUCCUGAUGUAGAAGAACAUACGGAAUCAGAAAUAACUUCAAAUGAUCCAUCUUCAGAAAUUCCUAAUAUUACACAACCAAAUAUAGAUAUACCAUAUAGUACACCAGCCACAGAAGAUUUGAAUGAACCAGCUACUGAAAAAGAAAUUAUAGAUUUAUUAUCAUCAACAACUGAUACAAUAAUUAAUAAUAGUCCUGAUAUACAACAGACAGAAAUAACUUCAAAUGAUCCAUCUUCAGAAAUUCCUAAUAUUACAGAACCAAAUAUAGAAAUACCAUAUAGUACAUCAGCCACAGAAGACUUGAAUGAACCAACUACUGAAAAAGAAAUUAUCGAUUUAUUACCAUCAACAACUGAUACAAUAACUAAUAGCAAUCCUGAUAUACAACGGACAGAAUCAGAAAUAACUUCAAAUAAUCCAUCUUCAGAAAUUCCUAAUAUUACACAACCAAAUUUAGACAUACCAUAUAGUACACCAGCCACAGAAGAUUUGAAUGAAUCAACUACUGAAAAAGAAAUUAUCGAUUUAUUACCAUCAACAACUGAUAAAAUAACUAAUAGCAAUCCUGAUGUAGAAGAACAUACGGAAUCAGAAGUAACUUCAAAUGAUCCAUCUUCAGAAAUUCCUAAUAUUACACAACCAAAUAUAGAAAUACCAUAUAGUAUACCAGCCACAGAAGAUUUGAAUGAACCAGCUACUGAAAAAGAAAUUAUAGAUUUAUCAUCAGCAACAAUUAAUGACAAUCCUGAUGUAGAAAAACCAGAAAUAAAUUUAAAUGAUCCAGAAUUUCUUAAUACUACACAACCAAAUAUAGAAAUACCAAAUAGUACACCAGUCACAGAAGACUUGAAUGAAUCAGUUACUGAAAAAGAAAUUAUUGAUUUAUUAUCAUCAACAACUGAUACAAUAAUUAAUAGUAAUCCUGAUGUAGAAGAACAUACGGAAUUAGAAAUAACUUCAAAUGAUCCAUCUUCAGAAAUUCCUAAUAUUACACAACCAAAUAUAGAUAUACCAUAUAGUACACCAGCCACAGAAGAUUUGAAUGAACCAACUACUGAAAAAGAAAUUAUCGAUUUAUUACCAUCAACAACUGAUACAAUAACUAAUAGCAAUCCUGAUAUACAACAGACAGAAUCAGAAAUAACUUCAAAUGAUCCAUCUUCAGAAAUUCCUAAUAUUACACAACCAAAUAUAGAAAUACCAUAUAGUACACCAGCCACAGAAGAUUUGAAUGAACCAGCUACUGAAAAAGAAAUUAUCGAUUCAUUAUCAUCAACAACUGAUAGAAUAACUAAUAGCAAUCCUGAUAUACAACAGACAGAAUCAGAAAUAACUUCAAAUGAUCCACUUUCAGGAAUUCUUAAUACUGGAGAACAUAAUAUAGAAAUACCAAAUAGCACACCAGUGACAAUAAAAUCCAAUAAAUCUAUUGAAAAAGAGAAUUCUGAUUUUAUAUCAAUAAUGACAAAUAACGAUUCUGAAGUUGAAAAUAAAAAAAAAAUAGAUAUAAAUUUAAAUGAUCCAUUAUCAGAAAUACUUGUUACUGGUAUACCCAAUACAGAAAUAGAACACAGUAUUGUAACAACAAUAAAAGUUACUGAAUAUUCAACUUUCGAAUCCGAAAGUUCUGAUACCGUUUCAGAAAUUCCUUUCAAUACUUUAACUAGUAUCAAAGAAAACGAUACAGUCAUAAAUGUAAGUGAUCCGUCAAUGGAAAUUACUACUCCUAGUUUAGAAAAUAUUGUUACAAAUGGAGAAGAAACAUUUAUGAAAAUAUCAAAUAAUGAUAGAACUGAAAAUAACAUAUUCGCUGAAAGUGUUACAGAUGCAAUGGAAUCAUCAUCGAUAUCAGAAAAUAUUAAUAACAAUUUUCAGAGUUAUGUAUCCCCAAUUUCUGUUAAUCCAGCAAGUUAUUCUAGUAUGAUAUCUGAAAACAAAGUUGAAGAACCUACUUCAAUACCAAUUACAGACAGAAUUGCUUUAAAUAAAAAUGAAGAAAAUAAUACACCAUCGAUAGAGUUUAAUAUGAAAACAAAUUCUCCCACAGAAAUAAAUACAAAAUAUACAACAAUUUCUAUUAAUAAAAAAUUAGAUAAUAUUGGAAAUGAAAAAUUGACUCUUUCUUCUGAUACAGAUAUAAGUGAAACUGAUAAAUCGAUUUCACAAACGAAUAAAUUAACAACUAGUUUUCGAGAUUUGAUUGCUAAAUGUAAAAAUCAUAUGUCAGCAGAAACUACUACACAAUCAACCAAAUUAAAUCCCAGUAAUGAAAAAUAUUCAGAUCCAUUUCAUAUGCAAUCACAUUCUCUGGUUUCAGAUAAAAAAAACGCAAAUAAGCAAAAUAAAAUUUUUGAAGAAGAAGAAGAUUCUUUAUGGAAACGCAUAUACUCCGGAAAGACGAUAUCAAAAAAUUUCAUAUUACCCAUUACGUCAGCAGUGUUAAAUUUCGUUGAUAAAUUUGAAUGCUAUUUGAAAAAUACGUUAAUAAAGAUAUUUCACUGAAAAAUAUAUAUAAAU